AUGGCUACUGACUGGCAAUCCGAGUGCCUCGUGCCUCAGAACCAGCCGUCUCUGGAUCCUGUGAGCGCUCAUUCAGAACGUGCUCUCCAGAAUACAUCUGGGAAUGUGCAGUCAUACUCGGACCAUCUAGCACACGAUGUCGCUGGCCGUGAUGACCAUCUUCAACAGCUUGCAUACAAGUAUCCCCACGCUGCUCCCAUACAACCUCUGUCCGGGCAUAGCUUGCACCAACAUCAACAGCAAGUAGCUGCUCGCUUGCACCAACGCAAGCUUCGUCGGCUUCAUUCCGUUGGAGCCAACUCCCAGUCUCGUCGUGCUAGAAGCAGCUACCUCAAGUCUCAGAAGUAUCUCGAGUAUCGGGCACGCCCCCGUCGGGAUACUGGCAAGGAUGGUGAACCAGUGUGGUCUGAUGAGCUAGAGGAUGCGUUCCAACAGGCCCUCGAAGCAAACCCUCCUAUGGGUCGGAGAAAGUGGUCGGAACGUGGCAAGUCUUAUGGAAGGAACGAACUCAUCGCCGAGUACAUCUUCAAGUUGACUGGCAAGCGGAGAACUCGCAAGCAGGUUUCCAGCCACUUGCAAGUUCUCGACUCGUUCCUUAAGGGAGACCCUGAUUGGGAACGACUUGUACGAGAGGCAUCAACAGAACGAUCAUCCAGUGUGCAUAGCUCGGCACCUGCUCCCAAGUGGAGAGCAUCGAUGGAACACCCUUCGGCAUCCAGUCACUAUGGAGCUCAUCCCGUUUACCAUGACCACAUGCGAUCAAUGCAGCCUUAUGCUGGUGAUCUUCCUCCGCCACAUUAUACCCUCGGAUCGAACAUGCAGGAGACCCCUGCCAGCUCCAUUCAUGGCUUUAGCUUCGAUAUGUGGGUCAGCGCUCCUCAACAGGCCAACCGCAUUGACAAGGCAUUGCAUGCAUACACUCGUCUUCAAGGCGACCUCCACCAGCCUGGGGCCCCUCCUAUGCCCCUUGAGCAUGUCAGUGGCUGGCGUUCCUCUUUCCCUCAGCUGGCUGUCAUGGUAGAUGAUAUUAACAACCCCAUUGACUGUGAUAUCAUCCUGUUAGAAGUCAACCUUGAACUGAUGACUGACUUCCCCCUGCGGGAUCUCGUCUUGAUGGAAAACUGGACCUGCAGCACACACCUGUACAACGACGGCCAAAAGGCCAUAGAGAGUUACCAUGAUCUUCCAAAGACCCACCCUACCAAGGUCAAGCCUCUGUUUGAAUCAUCUUGGUGGGCCAAGAAAUUCACCGACUUGACCCAAAGGAAGCGUAUUGCCGAAGACACAGGUUCUUCUCAAGACAUUCAAGACACCGAUGCCAGUACGCGUCAGUUCAUCCGCUCUCUGUCUGCAGUACAGGAGCUUCGAGCCACCCCUCCCAGUGCUCGCCGUCUUUCCAACCAAUACCAAAGCCACCAGGGCGAUGGGAGCAAGCGCAUGGCAAUCUUGGCUUGGAAGUUUCGCCAAACCCGGCCUGGUCAAGUCGGUACUACUACAUGGAGACGACUCAUCCCUGCCCCGGACCGCACCACUACCAAUAGCCCCAGGCCGGGGACUGGAGUUGACCUUCCUCCUCUCUCGUUGGACUCGAUCCUUCUCAACAAGCCCUCUCACCAAAACGUCUACCAGGCUCCUCAGCCCCAGGACCUCAUCCAUCACCAGGGCCACUCUCAAACCCAGUGGCCCAUGUACCCAUCAUCCCACGACAAUGUGGCUAAUCUAUUUAAUUCGUCGGGUCAGCUCGACUUCAUGACAUCCAUCACCAAGCCUGAAGACAGCCUCAACGACAAGACGGCCGUCACCUCCGUGCUAGACUCCUUUUCCACCAGCCUCGCACCGGAAACAGUCCCAUCCACCAGUCUACACUCCUCCAGCGGCGCGCCAGUCAUGCUCAACGUGCACGACCUCCCCCUCUCCCAUUCAAGCAUGGGCUACACAAUGGGCCACGACACCUCACACUACGUGCCAUCCCAACAGCACAGCGUGAACAUGCACGACAGCAACAGCGUGCUCACCGGCUUCUUUGGAUCCAACCCGCAGUCCCUCGACGACCUGAGCCACGGCCAGGCCUCGUGGGCCACGCACUCGGCCUCUCUUCCCGGUGAUGUCGGCACCGGCAGCUAUCACCACCUCCCCUUCCAGUCAGAGCAUCAUGCACCUGUCUCGCGAGAGCCGCAGCAACCUCAUCACUUCGAUCAGCUUCUGCCGUCUGAAGACUUGAUGGAUAAGCUUGUCGGGCGCAUGCCUAAUGGUUCCGGCAUGCAUGGGGCAGGCCCCGAUCAUGCGAAUGGCUAUGGUGAUAGUACUCCGGUGGAUACGGUAUAA